AUGUGCCUGAUGGACGCUAAGACAACUGGAGUUGCAGUGCUUCUGAUUUCUCGCGCCCACCACUUCGCUGCGCUCUGGCAAGAUGUCGAGCCCCUAGCAGCUCGGCACGGGCUUGUGGCAAUGGCCUUCCUCAACUCCAAGGCCUUCGUGGCCCACUGGCCAGGUGGACAUCAACCUCUUUAUGGUACAAAUCCCAUGGCGUUUGCCUGCCCUCGGCGCUCAGAGGAUGGGACUUCAGAGCAACCAUUUGUGUUCGAUCAAGCUUCAUCAGUCAUGGCGCGUGGAGACAUGACGCUGGCAUCCAUCGACGGCAGAGCCAUCCCUGCAGACGCUGCCAUUGAUGAGCAUGGACAGCCCACGACAGAUGCUGCUGCUGGUCUUAAAGGAGCCCAGCUGCCAUUUGCCGGGCACAAGGGCACCUGCUUGGCCUUGAUGGUUGAGCUGCUGGCGGCAAGUUUCACAGGCGAUGCAUUUGCUUACGAAGCCCGUGGCGAAUCGGACAGCGGUCCCACGCAACACGGAGAGCUCAUCUUGGCGAUAGAUCCGGAGAUCUGCUCGAGAUCAGGUGGGCGAGCUGCCUUCCUCGACAGGGUGGAGGAUUUGUUGCAGAUGGUUGAGGCUGAAGCCAAAGUUGCUCAGGCCUCUGGCAGGAACAUGCGAUUGCCAUCCCAGCGGAGAUGGGGCGCUCGGAAGACGACGCCACAGGAGGGAUUCGAAAUUGACGAGGCCCUCCUCCAGACCUGCAAGGCUCUUUGCGAGUGA